CCUAGAUUAAUGAACUUCGAUUGUUAUUUAGAACUUUUAGUAAGCUAAAUGUGUUAGUUGACUUUUGGUAAAAAGUUGUUUUGAUUCAUAGGAAAUAAAUAUUAGUUCGUUAGAUCUUGGCAAUAUUUUUGAAUUUCUUACUAAAAGAUGGAGACUAAACCAAAAAAUGAAUAUUUACUUGCUUUAAAAGUAAUGAGGUUAACACGACCCACUCUUGCCAGUCCUGUAGUUGUAACUUGUGAUUCAACAGAUUUACCAGGUAAUACGCUCAACAAUGAAUUAAAAAAUGAUUGCACAUCAUUGCAAGGAAUGGAAACACUUGCUAUUGGGCAAUUUAUGGUAUUACCGCAAAGUUUUGGAAAUAUAUAUUUAGGAGAAAUAUUUUCAAGCUAUUUAUGUGUACAUAAUGGUAGUAAUCAAGUAGUUAAAAAUGUGACUGUUAAGGCAGAUUUACAAACGAGUACUCAAGUUAUUUCAUUGUCGUCGGGAAAUUCAGAAGUCAAGGAAUUAGCUCCUGAUAAUACAGUGGAUGAAGUUAUUCAUCAUGAAGUUAAAGAGAUAGGAACGCAUAUAUUAGUAUGUGAAGUUAGUUAUACACCUGCUAAUUUAAUGGGUCCUCAACAGUCGUUUAGGAAAUAUUUUAAAUUUCAAGUAGUUAAGCCAUUGGAUGUGAAAACAAAAUUCUAUAAUGCAGAAUCUGAUGAAGUGUAUCUUGAGGCACAAAUACAAAAUCUUACAGUAGGUCCAAUUUGUCUAGAAAAAGUGUCAUUGGAAUCGUCACAUUUAUUUAGCGUAUCAACAUUAAAUAAAAAUGAAAAGGGAGAAAGUAUUUAUGGGAAAAUUAACUUAUUGGAUUCUGGUUGCAGUAGACAAUAUCUAUAUUGUUUGAAACCUCAGUUAAGUUUACAAAAAGAUCCUAAGAUGAUGCAUAAUGCUACUAAUAUUGGGAAAUUGGAUAUUGUAUGGAAAAGUAAUCUAGGAGAAAGAGGACGACUACAAACAAGCCAAUUACAAAGAAUGGCACCAGAAUAUGGAGAUCUAAGAGUCAUUAUGAAAGAUAUUCCAUUGAAGGUUUACCUUGAAGAACAAGUGAAUCUUAAAUGUCACAUAACAAAUACUUCAGAAAGAAGUAUGGAUUUGUUAUUAAGUUUGGAAUCAAGUGAUUCAAUUGCAUGGUGUGGAAUAUCUGAUAAAAUAAUUGGAACAUUAAAACCUGGAACCUCCAUUGAUGUACCUUUGAGUUUAAUCCCAUUAGAUAGUGGUAUUACUAUUAUUUCUGGCUUAAAGUUGAUGGAUACUUUUUUAAAAAGGGUAUAUGACUAUGAUGAUUUAGCACAAAUUUUUGUCAACCAAUUGAAUUAAUGUGACUUAGGAAAAUAUAUAAUGUAUAUUUUUUGGAUAUAUUUAAUUUAAAAAUUAUACUAUAACAAUUAUUAUUAUUUAAUAUUUAUUCAAAGAUAUGCAUCUAUAGUAGACAUUUUUUUAGUUUCACUGACAGCUCCAACAGCACAUGCCAAUAAUGUUUGAACAUCCUUAGAGAAUAUAUUUACCUGGAUCGCUACAAUGAUGUGAGUCUACAAGAUGUACGCUACAUAAUCUUAUUAAAUUCUGAGUCAAUUUCUCAACAAUUGAACUAACAGAUUUAUGAUGUGUAUAAAGUUCAACCUAUUUAUAACAAUGUUAUAAUUCAAUAAUGUAUUCACGAUAAACGAUUUAAAUAUUGAUGUAUAAUUAUACCUGUCCUGGGCAAUCAAAAAUAAGUAAACUAAUGCACCAUUCGGACCAAGACCAUAUUCUGUCAUUACUUCUUCGUGUUCGAUUAAUUCGGAUAUAUCUAUUAAUGGAGUAUAUUCCAUAUUUUCAUUGGCUGGAUCUGAUGGUAAGAAAAUAUAUUUGUAUAAAUUAAAUAAUUACAAAUUAAUGCUAUAUCAAGCAUACCAAUGUUGAUAACAGCUACUUUUCUACCCAUUUGUUCCAAAAAUUUACACAUUGCAUUACAGUAUGUAGUUUUUCCACUACCAGGUGGCCCAAUGACCAAUUGUCCAAAUAUUAAACUCAUAUUUUUUAUCAGUCUUCAAAAUUACCACAAUUUCAACUGAUUUAUAGUAUCAGUUAUAGUUUUUAAUAUCUCUUUAUUAUAAUCUUUUAAAGAUAAUGACAACAAUAAAGGUUUAUCUAUAUUUAUUUCUUCUGCGAUAUAUCUAGCGGCAGCAUGAACAUCAACUUCGUCUUUACCAAAAAUAAUACUGAAAUUUUUAUUUAAUUGUAUUAGAUGUAAAGAAAAAAAAAAAUAAUAAUAAUAAAACUACUUACUUGGUAGAGAAAA